AAAUAUAACAGAACCGAGAUAAGUGCCAGCAAAUGUAAAUAAAUACUUUUAUUACGUGAGUGCAUGAGUGAAUUAACAGGCAUAAAUUUAAUUGACAAUUGUAUGGUCUAAAAUGUUUUAAUCAGCAGAUAUAUAUAAACAUUCCUCCAUUUUAAACAGACUAUCUCAUAACAUACGUAACAUAUUCACAAUAAUACAUAAACAUUCACUCAUUAUGAACAAUCAUAAUGCAUGUUCCCUUAAUGAAGCGUGUAUACGAAACGUGCGAUAAGUAUCGAUAACUACAUUCAGACUAGUCGAUGGUUCUUACGUCGUUGUCGUAUGAAACAAGUUUGUCAUAUCUCUUGAUGAUGAUAAGGUGGAAAAAAGGUAAAGGUUUUCCUCACUGCGCUCGGCAGUACUUACCAUUUUCCUGUUCAAUUAAGUCUGUACAACUUUCUUCGUCAUAUUUUUACCAUUUUAUUACUUUAUAACAACUUUAUUACGUAUUGGCUGUAACGUUAUGACUUCACUCGGAGUUAUAUUGUAAAUCGACAGUCGAUAAUGGGAUUACCAAGUUUAAAUAAACAAAAUGGCGUAGAUUCUCAAGAAUUUGAAGCCCCAGAUGGUGGAUGGGGUUGGAUUGUGGCUAUAGGAGUCGCUGCAUUAUUUAUUGUAACGUUAACACCAGAUAGCUGCUUCGGUCUGAUAUUUGGGGACUUUCUGGUGGAUGUUGGCGCAGGAACGGCUUUUGUGACAACCGGAGUUAGCGUCUGCAUUGGUUCAGCUGCAGCACUAGGUCUAGUGAUGAACUACGCUCUCAACAACUUCACGUGUCGACAAGUUGGAGUAACGGGUUCAGUCAUAUAUUUCUGUGGGAGUUUCUUUACAGCAUUUGCUACUGACGUGUAUCAGAUUAUAUUCACAUAUGGAAUACUGCAAGGAAUUGGUUUAGGACUUAUGGUACCUGCUGCCUUCACAAGUUUUAACUAUUACUUCGUACGAAGGAGAACAUUUGCAAUGGCAAUGACUCAGAUGAUCAUUGGUGUUGCAGCCAUGGCGGUGCCUUUGGUGAUACAAAUGCUGUUAGAAGAAUAUGGUUUUAGGGGUACUCAAGCUAUUAUUUCAGCAUUCAGUCUCCACGCGAUGCUUGGUAUGGUAGUUCAACAGCCUGUCACAUAUCACAAAAAGAAGAAAAGACAAUCUAUUAAAUUAUCUUCAGAUUUUAUAAGACGUCCAAGUUCUGAUAUAAUUGUUCAUGGCGAAACGUCGUGGAACGCCGAACUUCAGAAAGGCAAAGAAUUAAAUAUAAGAAUUCAACAACAUAGUUCAGAUGCUGGUAAAGACAGUGAAGUUAAUAUAAAGAUUAACCAACAUCAUUCAGAAAUUAAAAAUACAACACGAAAUAGGGCAAUAUCUGAAGAAUUAAUAAAUAUACAUUUUCAAAAUAAAAAUAUGUGUGUGGACAGCUCUGAAGGUAAAAUAUCUGUUGGAGUUGUAAACGAAUUACAAGACGCUGAUGGAAUUAAGGAACGAUGUGAGACUGGAAGUGAUAAAAAGGUAGAUGAUAAAUUUGAAGAGAAUGCAAAUAAAUCUUGUGUCGAUUCAGAAACUAGUGUUCCUGAAGAACAUAAAUUUUUGGUGCAAAGUGGACACUCUAAAAAAUACGGACACGUCGAGGAGGUUACUGCUGAAAUCGGGAUUACGGUUAAGACGGCAGAUCUGCCUUCUGUGAUAAGGUUACCAAAAAGUAGUUCCCAAAUGUCCACCCCAGUCACGAGUAAACAGAAGGAAGUUUACAGAAUGAGAUACGACUCUAUAAGAGAUGCUACAAGUCUGGAAAGCUACGAAUCUCAAGAUGGGUGUAACCGCUGUUGGAUGGCCGUCGUCGAUUUCCUGGAUCUGCGUCUACUUCUGGACCCGGUCUACGUCAACAUAUCAAUAGGCGUAUCAUUCUCUCUCAUUUGCAUGCUACAGUUCUUUGCCUUUUAUCCAAUACUCGUCCUUGAUCUAGGAUAUUCCAAGUCUGACACCGCCAUAUUUAUCGCUGUGUGCAAUGCUAUGGAUCUCGUCGGUCGCCUAGUGAUAGCACUCAUUGGUAUUUUAAAUCCAAGCUUCACUAGCAGAGGGCUCUUCAUGGUUGGAACAUUCACGACCGUCGCUGGACGACUCCUCUUAAUUCUCUUCAGUGACUUCCUAGCCGUGGCACUCAUGACUGGAUUUCUGGGAUUUGCAAGGAGUUUCAUUCAGGUUCCACUACCACUGGUAUUUGCUGAAUACAAUCUCGAGAGAUUUCCAUCUGCAUUUGGACUUUAUUCUGUCAUUUUCGGUUUAAUUGCAGUCAUGGUCGGCCCUUUCAUUGGUUUGGUUCGUGACGUAACAAACAGUUACCCAGUCUGCAUCAACACGCUGAACGGCUUAACUAUAAUUGCCUGCAUAAUUCCUUGGCUUUUAGAACACGCAGUUGUGCACAUGCGAUCAAAAUCCAAAAACCAGAGUACGAUAAAAUAAUAAUCACUUACGGAAAAUUAUGUUUAUCACAAGUAUGUCAUUCGAAGAUGACGGACCAUCACGGUUAAUCAGUGUUUAACCGUUUUAUUAUAACGACCGUUAAGAUAUUAACGGAAAAAUACGAUGAGGAUUUCAGGACGAUACAAAUUUGAUACCGGAUGACGUAAAGAUUUCUGUCUUCUGGGUUAUUCCGCCGUGCUAUAAGACUAAACGACUAUAUACGGUAACGACACGCGAUAUUUUGAAACUGUUUGGUUAUAAAUACCAUGAGCGAAUUUUCGGAUGAGCUUUCUACUGUCUUCAUAGAAUUUUAUUUAUCUUAAUUAAUUCUAUUUACCAUGUUCGUGGCAGUUUAAGAUAACUUAGUCAAUACAGUAAAAGCUGGAUGACCGGUAUUCGAUUCCCGGGAAAGGCAGGUUUAUAUUAUUUCAAAGUAAAGUCCAGACAGACUAUGGAGCCCAUCGAGACUACCCAAUACGUAUCCGAGGGGUAGAAAAGUUAGAGCGUGAAACUAACCACUCAACUUAAUUUAAUGCAGAGAUUAACUAUACGUACACAUACGAACAAAGUUCCCCCUAUUUCGCAACAUGUCUGCAUGGCACAGUGCUUAAUUAAGGACUGGUCAACUUGUUAGUGACAGCAGUAUGGUUUGGUUAAGGAUGAAGUAUUGAUCGUUUUGUAAUUAAAUCCCUAACAGAAGUUCAAAUCGCGUGAAUUUAAUAUAAACAAUUCCGUAAUAUUUAAUUUCAGUCAUCAAUAAAAAAAUCUCUUACGCCAAUCUGAUCGACAGCUCGUCUAAAUAAUAUUUAAUAAUCCAGUCCGUACCGCAAAAAAAACACAACUUUUCACCAUUACUAAGAUCAACUUGUUAACGCUGUUUAAGAAACUAAUCGCUGUUUAUAACGAGGCUCACACUGCGAACAUAAUAUUUAAUAAUCCAGUCCGUACCACGAAGAAAACACAACUCUUCACCAUUACGAAGAUCAACUGGUUACCGUCGUUAAGUAAAUAAUCGACGUUUACAGAGUGAUAAAAAGUUUACAUUUUGUUACAGUUCAUUAAUUUCGAAAACGGUACACUAAGACCCGACGUUUCGGGAGUUGGCUCUAUUCACGUCUUCAAAAUUUUUAGCCUUUUAACUUCGCCGCCUGCAAGGAACAGACACUAAAAUAUCAUUACUUAUCAGCAUGUUACAAAAACGAAAGAAUGUGACGUUACACAUUUCUUAUAUUAUGAGAAAAUCUUUUAUAAACCGACUUGAUUAUAAGAUUCGACCUAUGUUGGCCUAUUCUAUUCCUAUCUUCAAGAACACGCACUCUUAACUGUGUUAACGAGACCAGUCAAUAAAUGAGUAUAAAAUCAACAGCACUAAGUGGGAAGAGAUUAUCAGUGUCUUAUUUAAAAAAAAAGGUGUUUUACUUUUUGAACUGUGUUUCAUAACUUCCUCUUAGGCUCAGGGCUUUCGUAAACAAAUGACAUAAAGUAUUAACUGCGCGCAAUAAAAACAAAGGACACACGCUAAGCACACUACUGAGUAAAUAUACAAACAGUCUGCUAUUAAAACCAACUAGGGCUAUUUAUUUUGUAAAUUUGGAGUAAUUUCACUUUUAGAUCUAAGGUUGCUUUCUGGAGCUUUAAGGUACGGAAAAAUUAUUCCAUAAAAUAAAUUUAAUGCCAAGCUUCAACAAUAUUAAAUGUUCCAAUUAUUAUCUCCAUUCGCUCACUGCUGCAACUAUGUGCUACAACACUGAUAAUUCCCAUUGUUCAAUAGCAAUGUGUUCCAGAAACGACCUUGGGUAACGGAGAUUGCCUAGUUCCUUGGGAAAACCCGAGACAUACAGACCCUGCACACUCCACACGGUGUUCAUUAAUGACGGCUGAACGUAUAGAACAAAAAACUGGAUAUUCAAAAAAGCAAUAAAUAUUUAAAUCAAGUCAUAAAAUAACUGAAGAUGACUGUCUCCUGGGAUGUUGCGCGGUGUAGUCUGCAAGUAUAACGAGGCUACAGAAUUACUUAUUACGUCCGUCAUCCACCAGUAAGCAACUCUGAAACGUCGGCGGCGAUCAUCACCCUGAGGAAGUAAUCACCUCUGAAACGUCGUUAGCAAUAAAUGCCCUGAUAAUGGAUGUUGUAAGCAUCUCUAAAACGUAGCUAAAUUUCCACCUGACAAAACGGAGAUCACAGCCCUGAUAAUGGAGGCAGAAGGCACAUCUGUUAACUUCUACCAGACUACGCGGCGGGACAACCUGGAAGACAGUCAUCUUCACACACGCCACCCGAUAUAAUUGUUUGGUGGUACACAGUCAAAUGAAUGUAUAUAUGGAGCUUAUAGCUAAUUGUAUCAUCCACAAACUACCAGGAAAUUAUAAACUACAAGCGAAGAGA